UAGUUUAUAACAAAAAAAAAAUAUCCUAAAUGGCUACCCAGCCUCGCAACCCAGUCCCACUCCCACUCCCACUCCCUCUCGGCCUCUCCUCUCAAACGGAAGAAAGUUUGAAAUACAAGAACAAAAACCCUAACCCGCAGCCACCGCAGCCCCCACAGCCCCGCAUCAUUGUCAUCGCCGAACUCUUCUCCGCUGGGUACAAGCGUCGCGUGUGGAAGGUCCGUCGCCGUCGCAGGAGCUGUGUCGCCGUCGUGUGGAAGCUCUGUGGCCGUCAUCUGUUCGAGCUCUCUCUCUGUGUUCGAGCUCUCUCUGGUGUCGUCGUCUCCUCUGUCGUCGCCGUCACUCCCCUUCCCCCUCGCCGCCGGGAAAAACGUGCCAUGUCUAGUGUAUCUGAAAAAAGCCAGUUUUGGUACGAUUACGGGUCUGGUAUGAGUGGGUUUUCAGAUUUGCCUUCCCCUCUUCCAUAUAGGGUGAGGGUUAGUCAGUUUUCUGAAAACCAAGAUGCUGGUGAACUACAACGUCGAUACACCAAACAAGUUGAGUGGAGUAUCUUUGACGGAAAUAUAUUUCUGAGAAUGCAUUAUUUAGAUGUUUCACGGAAAAGGAUCAUUUCAGAAUACUAUGAAUCCGAUUUAGAAGGUUGGCUAGAAACCAAAAACAGUUUGAAGUAUCAAUCGGGUACAGAUUGGUGGGACAAUAUAAAAGAAGACUUCAUAUCAAUCUUUAGACCUGUCUUUAAAGGUCUAAAAAUGUUGCAUUUAAAAGGUCAAUUCCAUGGAAAUUUAAGUUUGAAUGAUGGUAUAAAGGUUCAAACCUGUAAUGGACAGAGACGCGGGGUCCUAACAGACAUGGCAGUGCUGCCAGUGCAAGGCAAAAUAGAUGAGCAACUAUCGUCUGAUGUCAACACCUUGCAAAACAUUAUUAGGAAGGUUUUGGAUUUCCCGUUUGAAGGCGGCAUUGUAAUGAUAAAAGAGGUUCAAGAUUUAUGUUUGUCUCAAUUGAAAUACUAUUCGAGGAAUUCCCACCUCACAAUAAAGUGGUCUCUGGAUCCGGUUUUAUUUUGGGAUGUGAAUCGACGAAGAAGGUUUUUGUUAGCUGUCUAUUGGGCCUUUUAUCGUCAAGGAUCAUCAUCAUCACCACCAGAACCGGAUAAAGAAAUUUUAGCCAGUUCCAUGUUUCAGAGUUGGCAUUAUAACCCUGGCCAAGCUACUUUAUAUACGGUCUACAACCACGAAUUAGAUCCUGAGAAGUGGGCUACAGAUUACAGUAUCCUCAAAUUUUAUAGAAACUGCAUCAAGCACGCAAAGUACCCAAACAACGAUGAAAUAAGGAAGAACUGGGUGUUGUGUCCUGAGAACAUUCAUGAAUUAUUUAUGGAACAUGCUGAGGGUUUAAAUGUUUUAAAUAUGAGCAUAUUGACCACGAGUCAAAUUUUUCAAAUUCAACCCGUGGCUUCACGUCGUGAUAAGAUUGAAUCCAUAUGGAGGUCAUUAGCAAAUCAAAUCGGCCUAUAGGAUAUGUGAAAAAGAUUUUUGCAGAUGUGUUUGAUGAUAAAGUUGUUGGGAAGGAAAAUCCAAGAAGAUUCUUCUUAAAAGAAAAACCUUCGAAUUUCUCAUUUGUUCUUGGGAAUCUCAUCUGGGACAAGUACCAAAAACCAAACUUCAAUUAUUAAGCUCUGCUCAGU